CUUGGUACGUGAUGACCUUGAAAGGACCUUGACCCGGAAAAAUUGCACGCUUUUCACUUUCAUGAAUCCCUCAGAAUUGAUGUCCAUCGAAAACUCUGGGCUGUUAGAUCGUGUCGCUGAUUUAGAAAAGCGGAGUGCUGAGCUGGGCAAUGAAGUUGCUGGCCUGCGAAACUCUCUAGCCGAUUGUCUCCGUCGUCUCAGCUUGCUGGAAUCAAAUAAAGGUACGGCUUUAUGUCAGACCCGACCACAUACUACGACUUCCUCCCGACCUGGAACAACGGUUACGACGACCCCAACUAACAAACCGACUCCACAUCGUUCUGAGGGUGGGCCAAAUCGGCGGGGAAAUUCAAAACCUCGUCCAACCACCAACGUCAGCACUUCGCGAGAUGGACCGGUCGGUUCGCAUAAUCUACAGCGGAUUGGAAAUAAAAGUGCAUCGUCAACUGCGUUGGAUCGCCACGCGUCUACCGGGCCCAAGGAGCCCACAUAUAUUGCAAGCGAGGGUAUCCUUCGCGUUUUCCUUCAUGGACGUGCUAUCAAUGUUUACCUGCCAUCGACAAUUAUGGACAAUUUCGACCUGUACGCUCCACAGCCUGCACCAGAUGAAACAUUGAAAUUGGACUACGGUUAUCGGGGACGUGAUUGUCGAAACAAUUUAUUCUACCUUCCAACCGGCGAGAUAAUCUACUUUGUGGCUGCAGUGGUCGUUCUAUACAACAUCGAGGAACAGUGUCAGCGACACUAUUUAGAACACACAGAUGAUGUAACCAGCAUUGCUCUGCAUCCAGACUGCAUCACGGUAGCCACAGGUCAAGCCGCUGGUCAUGGCAAAAUUCAAGGCAAGCCUCAUGUUCGCAUCUGGAGUUCGGUUGAUCUACGUACGCUACGUAUUCUCGGAGUAGGUGAAUUUGGCCGCGGAAUUUGCUGCAUUUCCUUCUCAAAAACGGAUGGUGGUGCUCGUCUUUGUGUCGUGGAUGACGCCCAGGACCAUAUAAUAUCUGUGUGGGAAUGGCAAAAGGGCAAGAAAAUCACCGAUACAAAGUGUUCCACUGACCCGGUGGUGGCCGCUGAAUUUCAUCCUCUGGACGAAUCAUCUAUCGUAACUUGUGGGAAGAACCAACUCAACUUCUGGACUCUGGAUGGCAAUACUUUGAGCAAGAAGUCAGCCAUAUUUGAAACCGGGAAAAUCUCAUGUGAUAAACCCAAGUUUGUUUUGUGCAUGGCGUUUGCUGAAAAUGGUGAUCUGUUAACUGGCGACUCCUCGGGGAACAUUAUUGUGUGGCGACACGGUUCAAAUCAAAUCAGCCAAAUCUGUCACAACGCCCACGAUGGCGGCAUUUUCUCCCUGUGUGUAACCAAGGAUGGUCGUUUGGUAUCAGGCGGUGGAAAAGACCGUCGCCUUGUGUUCUUUGAUGUUGCUCUAAAUCCUACAGACGAAGUCAAGGAGCUGCCUGAAUUGCACGGUUCUGUUCGGACAAUCAUCCAAGGUCCAGGCGAUGUACUCCUAGUGGGGACGACGCGGAACACCAUCCUUCAGAUUGCUCCCGGCAUGGAGUUUAGUUCACUCAUGUUUGGGCAUUCAGAUGAAUUCUGGGGUCUGGCAAGUCACCCUCAAUCACAUCAGUUCCUGACCGCAGGUAAUGAUCGCAUGGUGAUACUUUGGGAUGCCUUGUCAAAACAGGCUGUAUGGGCCAAAGAGCUCAACGACCCUAUCCAUUGUGCCACCUUCUACCCUCCUUACGCGGAGCAUGUGGAUGGCCUUGUCAAUGGUGAUCGGCCGGAAUCACCGAAUGGGUUUGCGCCAAGCGUUGCACCGCUUAUCGCGCUAGGUUCUACGUCUGGACGUUGGCUUGUGCUCGAUUCCAUACGGCAUGAAGUGAUCGCUGCUCAUUCAGAUGGAAUCGGCGAACAAAUCCAGUGCAUUUCCUACUCCCCGAAUGGCCAGUACAUUGCUCUCGGUUCUCGUGACAACUCCAUCUAUGUCUAUCAGGUUUUGGAGGGAGGUCGCAAGUACAGCCGAGUAGGCCGAUGUUCCGGACAUUCGAGCUUCGUCCUACACAUUGACUGGUCUGCCGAUAGUCGCUACUUACGUUCGGAAUCCGGGGAUUAUGAGCUAUUAUUCUGGACAGGGAAUGAUUGCAGACAGGUGGUAUCUCUCAGCAGUCUUCGUGACGUCGACUGGGCCACGCAAACAUGUACCCUUGGAUGGUGUGUGACUGGCGUGUGGCCGGAUGGUGGAGAUGGGACGGACGUCAAUGCAUGUAAUAUCUAUUCCAAUUCUGCACUUCUUGCUACCGCAGACGACUUUGGCAAGGUCAAAUUAUUCCAGUAUCCUGCCAUCAGACCCAAGGCGGAGUUUCAUGCCUACAAUGGGCACUCUAGUCACGUGACAAAUGUCGCUUUUCUAUACGAUGGAUCCAGACUGAUAUCGACCGGUGGCAAGGAUACUGCUGUGCUACAGUGGGAAGUCUUCAUUACGGUGUCGGAUGAAAUUGACACCAACCCAGCACAACCAUGCAUAUUUGGGCGCACAACGAACGAUUUUAGAAUGAAAAUUUUGUCCUUUUUCGCUAAUUUUGUUUUUCUCGCUUUUUCCGUCGUCUCAGACACAAUAUUAGGGGACAUAUUUUCGUCUCCACAAAUACACAUGCAUUCCUUUUAUUGUUUUGACUUCCUCGUGACUUUGCAUCAACUCAAAGAGAAUAUGAGAAACAAGAAAGAGCAUUAUUUCAUCAGUUUGCUUUCUCUCUGCUAG